AUGGAUCAGAAGCUUUCACUAUCAACUCAUAUUCUUGACGUGAAUUUGGGAAAACCAGCACAAGACGUCGCUAUUAAACUAUUCAAGUUUGUGGACAAUUUAUGGGUUGAAUCAGCAUGUCAAGCCCAUACAGAUACCAAUGGAAGAUUUAAGGAUUUCAAAAAAGUUGAUGACUCAGUUGCCGGUACUUACAAGAUCAGAUUCGAGACGAAAGAAUAUUUUGAUCGUUUAGGAAUAAAUGACACUUUAUAUCCAUACAUUGAAAUCAUUUUUGAAAUCAAAUCUUUGGAUCACUACCACGUUCCUUUGUUAUUGAGUGCUUUCGGUUAUUCUUCAUAUCGUGGAUCUUAA